UAAUUAAUUACUUCCUAAAAUCCUUUGUCAGACAGGAUUUAGACUCUGUGCUUAAAAUAUCCUUGAAGCACAGAGUCAAAGAUAACCUGGCUGAAACAGUCGAAAAGAGAGAGAGAGAAAAAAAAAAUAAUUCUGCUGAUUCUCAUUUAGUGAAGCAACGUCGCUUUCUUCUAGUUUUCUUUUCCAUAACUGGCACAUGCCUAACAUCCUAAGUUUGUACAUGAGAUGUUCGCAUACAAGCCAGUAAUUUAAAAAGAGAAAUGAUGGCUGAUAACAGUCGCAGAUUGCAUCGAUCAAUCAGACUAGAAGAGUCAUUGUACUGACUUGUAUCCUCUGAUAACCUCUAUGUGUGAACACAGUAAACCAGUUCAACGAACUUCUUGGGUGGAAUAUCGACCCUCGUUCCUGGAAAGCAGGCGACGCGUUUUUACAUGAACUCUUCUCCUAAGUACCAAGUCAGUUACCGUCUUGCCAGUGGCCUGGCUGCUUUGCGUAAGUCACGUGACGUAUAGUGACAUCAUCCAGGUGUCAGGAAGUUUGCUUUUGCAACCUGUACAGAGGAAACAAACGGUGUCGACGCAGACCGCGCCCGCUCUCUCAUUUUUAACCUUCGCGUUUGUCAACUGAAUUUGCGGUCAUGUCGAUGUGUGCGACGACAGAAGGAAUGACCAAAGGCUUGACUGGGUCAGAAACAGAUGAUGGCGUAUUUAUUGGCUCUGAAGCUCAAGCAGUCCUGAAAAGCUCUCUCACAACCGUCUUCCUCCCAGCCGUCUACACCUUCGUGUUUGUCGUUGGGCUUCCCACCAACGCCUUGGCUCUAUGGGUUUUCCUCUUCAGGACCAAAAAAAGGCACCCAUCAUCCAUCUACAUGGCCAACCUGGCUCUUGCUGACCUGCUCUUUAUUAUUUGGAUCCCUUUAAAAAUAGACUACCACCUCAAUGGCAACGACUGGAAGUACGGAGACGGGCUGUGCAAAGUUCUGGUGGGGUUCUUCUACGGCAACAUGUACUGCUCCAUGGCCUUCAUCGCCUGCAUUAGCGUCCAACGUUACUGGGGGGUAGUCUACCCAAUGUCCUAUCAUCAAAGGAGCACUGGUUUAGCGGUCUCUGUUUCUGUAGCGGUCUGGGUGCUGGUGUGGCUCAUCACCAUUCCUCUCUACUGCUACGAUCAAGAAGUAAACAUACCAAACAUGUGCAUCCGGACCUGCCAUGACGUCACCAGGCCAAGCCAAAAGAAGACUGCGGCUGGAUACUUCUUGACAAUGGGAACUCUGGGCUAUGUCGUCCCGACAGUUGUGUGCGUCAUGUCGUACGUCCUCAUGCUCAGGGCCCUCCAGGACAACAUGGGGGACCCUACCAUUGCCAAGAAGCGCCGCAAGGCCGUGGUCUUGAUCAUCACCGUCCUGCUCAUGUUCAUCGUCUGCUUCACUCCCAGUAACAUCAUGCUGCUGGCGCACUACAUCCUCCUGCUAGGAGAGGUUGUGAACAACGGGUACGGGUUUUACAUCACCACCCUGUGCCUAGCGAGCCUGAACAGUUGCGUGGACCCUUUUAUCUAUUACUUCAUCUCCGAGGACUUCAGGGAGCACGUGAAGAACACGUUUCUGUGCAGGAGUCAGAGGACAGUUGAGAGGCAAAAGGUCUCCUUCAGCGCUCUGAAGUUCUCCAAGAAGAGCGGCUCGUAUACCACCAGUAGCACGCGAAACACACAGAGCAGCGAUUGCUGAUGGCGGUGUCGUUAUUAACCCUCCCGUGGUCUUAGCGUGGCGCUCUGAAGGAGCGUGUAGGAUAUCAAGGUGGGACAGCGGGGAAGCAGGAGGGUUGUAAAAGCUCAGGCGGGUUCAGUGUGACCCCCGUCAGACUGCUCACAGGGUGAAGAGUUUGCGGGGUCAACCCUCGCUUAAGACUACAGAGGGUUAAACUCAGGUUUGAGAGAAAAUAGAUCUUGAGAUGGAGCAGUUGGGAACAGGUCUAUGAUUUUCUAGAGCUUUUUUUUGCAUGGUGAAUAUUUGUUUUUGAAAAAUAAUGUGUACAUUUUUUUUUUUUUUAUAUAUAUAUAUAUUGUGCAUUCUGCUAUAUGCCUCAUUUUAUUGCUAUUUUUGACCAGUUACCUUGAUUACGUAGAAGAUACUUAUGUUGUGGUUUUAGAUAAAUGAAUGUAGCUUUUUUGUGUGCAACAAGACUGUAAAUCAAUUAGUUAAUGACACCUUUUACCUAUUAAAUUAUGUAAAACUACCU